AUGCAAGCGGAAGCAGAAACCAGCCGGGAGCCCCUGAACCUGCCUCCGGCCGGCUACUGCUCGCUGGAGGUUGAGUUCCAACAAGCGGCGAAGAAGGUGGCAGACACUCCUUUUACCUCAGAGGAGCCCGAUGAAAUUCUCUAUUCAGGGCCACGAGAGGAGCGGGGGGAACCGCCAAGCUUCCUGAGCCGUGUAAAAAAGUUUACGGCUCGUGUUUUGCCGCCCGGUGGACUUGUUUCAAGCGUUUUUAACCUGGCUUCGGUGUGCGUUGGGGCGGGUAUUCUCGGCCUUCCGGCGGCCGCCAAUAGCAGCGGUCUAGUCAUGGCCUUCAUAUAUUUGUUGAUAAUCACUGCCUUUGCCAUUUACUCCCUACACCUUCUCGGCAAGACGAUGGAGAAGACGGGAAUUCGUACCUUUGAAAACAUGGCAAAGCAAUUAAUCGGAGCUCGCUUUGACUACUUUGUUGCUUGUGUUCGAUGGGUUAACUCUUUUGGUUCCACCAUUGCGUACGUUAUCAGCGUUGGUGACAUUCUGCAGCCGAUGCUCAAUAAUUCACCUGGAGCACCAAAAUACCUCAAGACCGUUUCGGGGCGUCGUCUUGUGACAAGUGCAGUUUGGUUUUUUGUCAUGCUUCCACUUGUGUUGCCAAAGCAGGUGAAUUCCCUACGCUACGUGUCGACGCUUGCUGUCGCCUUUGUGGUGUACUUUGUGAUUAUGCUCGUCAUUCACUCCUGCGAGAGCGGCCUUGAGAACAUUCACAAAGUGGAUGGAGAGACAAUCAAGCUUUUCAACACCGGCAAUGCGGCGAUCAAGGGUCUCGGGGUCUUUAUGUUUGCGUUUGUGUGUCAAAUUAAUUGUUUUGAGGUCUAUUGGGAAAUGAAAGAUCGCUCUGUGAGGAAUUACACUUUAUACGCGGCCAUUGCGAUGCUACUCUGCCUUUUGCUGUAUGUAUUAACGGUGUUCUUUGGGUACAUUGAGUUUGGAAGCGCGGUCGAGAGUUCCAUUCUGCUCAUGUACAACCCUCUGAGUCAAGGGAUGGUGAUGGCUGGGUACGUUGGCAUGCUCGUUAAGUUGUGUGCUGCCUACGCCCUGCAGACGAUGGCCUGCCGCAACGCGAUUUACCACUGCAUCAGCUGGGAGGUGGAAACGCUGCCCUACUGGAAGCACUUCAUCGCCGUCAUUACACUCUCGGCGGUGGUCCUCCUCUGUGGGCUGUUUAUUCCUAACAUCAACACCGUGUUUGGCCUCGUGGGUUCCAUCUGCGGUGGAUUCCUCUCUUUUGUCUUCCCCUCUCUCUUCUACCUGUACUCGGGGAACUGGACACUGAAGUCGGUUGGCCUAUUCGACUACGUAGCCACGCAUGCGCUGUUGAUAGCUGGAGUCGUAGGUAUUGUGUUUGGCACCAUCGCGUCCAUCUACGGCACCGCCACCGCGUGA